GCCAGACGAUACUUUCCACCCUGGCAGAGAGGGACCGCAUAUACUGGAUCUCGUGAAUCGCACCCUGUUUUUUUUUUCCCUCUAUCUUGAGGUUGUUCACGUUCGAACGAGUCGUUGAUUCGUCUCAUUUCGAUCGAGUGCCAGAAAAGUGUAACAAUAGAUACCAAAAGUUGUGUGAGUGAUUAAGUGGGACGCGAGCCACGACGACGUUUUCUCUUUAGGAAAAAAGACGUUCCCGAGGCCACAGACGUGUGGUGCAGAGAAUCGUGAAGUGCGCGGGACUGCCUCAGGUAUUUUCGGGUCCCGCGCGUAUAGUGAGUGUUAACCUUGGAGUACCCAUUACGCCCGUCAGAGCCAGAGGGCGUGAGUUUUUUAGAGUGUGUCUCUUUUCUGUGCCUAUGUUUGAGUGUUUGUGAGUUGUUGUGAGAAAUUGUGUAUGUUUCACCUUGAAAGUGUUAAGGAGAAGAAAAUUUACCUUGAGCCACAGCAGCAACAGCCUUCAAACUAGUGGCAGUUUGCUGCGUGACUAAACCCCUUGGAAAAAUAAAACAGUCUGGAUGGAGAACGAAACACUAGCUUCACUUUCCUGGCGGAGAUGAGUAAAGGAGCCAACAACAAUCUGGGUGGUUGUGAUCCAAUCGUAGAGGGAUGGCGGGCCCCAGCCCUGGCUCGCUAGUCAGCUCAGGCCAGAAUGGCUCGCUGCACAAUGUCCUCUUCUACCUUCCUCAAAACGGCAAUGGCAAUCAGUUUGCCAAUGAGACGUGCCACAACCAGCAUGGUGGUACCCUCAACCAUCUCUCUUACAUGCAGACAUCUCACAACAGGUACAGGCCUGACCCUGGUCUGAACAAGGUGCACUGCUUCCCGACAGACAAUCCCUAUUCUUGUGAUAGGGACACAAAUGGUUCCUACUGGUCGUACCAGCAGCAUCAACAGCAGUGGAAUCAGUGGAAUCAGAAUGAAUACAGUCAUUCUGACAAUUUGGGUUUCAAGUCUUGCUGGAUGCAACAGCAACAGCAGCAGCCCAUGCAGCAAAGACAAGCUUCACAAAACAACAAUCCGAGCUGCAUGGGCUUUAAUCCUCAGUAUAAUCACGUGCAUCAACAACAGCAGCAACAACUACAGCAUUUGCACCAGCAGCAGAUUCAGCCACAACAACAGCAGCAUUUGGUGCAGCAAUCCGGUUACCGGAAUAACGUCAUGGCGACCGUUACUGUUCAAUCGAGUGCUGGUUCGUCGCAAUCGUCAUUGUCUCGGACACCAUCGCGUUGCGAUUCCGUUCGAUCAGAGUCGACGUGCGAGUCCCAUUGUAGUAGCAGUUUGAGCGGUGGGAGUAGCGCUGGGAUCGAAGAAAUGACUGGCCAACAACAGUACGGAAUGUAUCAAAACUUUUCUUCGGUUCAGCAACUGCACCAGCAACAACAAUCGUAUCCGCAGUCGCACCUUCCUCAGCACCAAGAACACGUGCAACAACAACAACAACAACAGCAGCAGCAGCAGCAGUGUUUUUGGCCGUCUAGUCAUUAUGAUGUGCAGCAAGAACAGCAGCAACAACAAAUGGAAUACUUUCGGCAACAGCAAAUGCAACAACAGCAUUACUAUCGUCAACAUCAAGUGAUACAACAGCAACAGCAAGUGAAUUGUUAUUGGCCUCGUGAAUCAUCGCCAGUGUGCCACCAACAACAGCAACAGCAGCAUAGACAGCUUACGUGUGUCAAUCCAGCAGUUCCGGUGGUGGAACACCAACCGAUUGUUAUCGAAACGCCGGCCUGUUCAUCGAGUCCGAUUGUUGCCGAUACAACGACGUCGAUGAUAUCGUCAUCUCCGCUUCCAGUGCCGUCGUCCUCGUCACCACCUGUAACGUGUCAUUAUAACCAUCCAGCUACUCCGGUUGAAUCGAUGGAAUGUGUUCCUGUUCCUGCCCUCGGCUGUGAUCCACCUGCCGCCAUAACUACGACCGACGAAAGCAUCGAAUCUUCGUCAUCAUCCGUCGAUGUUGCCAACACGGCAGCUGACACAAAUGCUAAUGUGAAUACAACAACUAUUGUGAGCGCAACAACAACGAGCGUACCAGCCGGUUGGACCCGUGAAAUAUCCGCCGGAAGUGUUAUCUACAUCAGUCCGAGCGGUUGCCGAUUGUCGUCGCUGGAAGACGCAGCCACCUAUGUCCAGCGCGACGGAACGUGCAAGUGUGGACUGCCUUGCCCACUUCGACUCCAGCACGUCUUCAAUUUCGAUCCGUCGGUGGCGAGCAAUUCCGAGACGUCACUAGAGGCACAAUCGUCGACGUGCUGCCAUAAAAAGCCGCUAGAUGGCACCACAGACAAGACGACCCCGACCACCUCGGCGACGACGGUGACAACGGCGACAAGUAAAGCCGCCGUGAAACGGAAGAAGAGUGGAAAUGGAACGCAUAGCAAGACGGGCAAGACUUUGAAACCACUCGCGGUGGUACAGCAACCCGUCCAGCAGCCACAUCAACAAGCGUUGCUGUUUCGACGUUCCCCGUGUCCCAAUGUGGACGUCCGGCAAAUUCCAUUGGAACAGAAUCGUCCGCCUACGGGGAGUCUCUUGCCCCAAACGCGUUCGACGCAACCCACGACGGGCAACAACAACAACGGGCCGACGUUUUUCGAAGAUCCCAGCGCCUAUUUGGCCCAGCAGACAGUCUUGUUGCAGAGUAGUCUGCAAAACAGUGGCACGACUUCUGUGGCAUCUCCUCCUCCCGUUGCGGAAUCCACUCCGGCAGUUGCUGGAGCGCCAACGACGGUCGAGACGGCGGAAGCAGAACAGACGCAAGAAGAAUUGCUGGGCGAUUUACUUGACUGCAUCCCUGACUCGAUGGAGGAAGUGCUGGACAGACAAAAGGACGUGGCGGCCGCUGCGGAAGCUGCAGCUCAAGCCGAAAAGGCUGCUAAUCUCAUUAAACAAGCUGCUGCGGCCGCUGCGGCAGCCGUGGCUGCCCGUCAUCAGCAACAGCAAACUGGCAACACCGCGCCUCAGCAAACCACAGCACCAACAACAACAACACAACAAAAGUCACAUAAAUCGCCUUCCGUGCCCGUCUCUUUGGCACCCGCUCCAGCCCCGAUCAGAAGUAAACCUCCUCCGCUGGCCAUCCGGCCAGCCACGCCCGCUUCGGCCGCCCGUUCGAGGGCGAGAGCGGCCGAAACGACGUCCAAGAGCACCAAGUCGAGAUCGCCGAGAAGGACGCACCAUCAACCGAUUCAGAUCCAGAGCAACGCCAAAGUAUUACAGCCCGCCCAGCUGCCGCAACAACAAUUGCAACAGCAACAACAGCAGCAGCAACAACAGUUUAUUCAUCAACAGCAGCAGCAUCAGUUCUGGCCGGCCCUAUCGGCUCCGAAUAUCGGCCCGCUUCGUACGGCCUCGUUCCCGUUCGUUUCCUAUCACUCGGCCGUCGGUCCAGCCACGGCUACGCCCAUUUUCUCGACGGCGGCCCUGAGGCCCGGUAAUCUACCGAUGACUUUCCUGACCUCUGCAGCCACCCAUCCGGCCAAUCCGGCCCAUGCGACGAACGUCUUCAAUCAAGCAUUGCCCGUGCUGACCACCCGGCCAGCAUUAGGGCCGUCUGGUCAGGUAGUCCACGUCCUAACGACCCCCGGACCGAUGUUAGCGGCGGCUCCGUUGGCAACUGAGCCAUCCAACGCUGUUCCUAUUUUGACGGUCGGUCCGAUGAACACGACGAAUCACCCCAACAACAACAACAACAACAGCCGCGGGUUGACUCGUACGGGCAAAAAACGGAAAUCGACGCCUCAAACGGUGGCAUCCAUCCUGCAACAGGGGGCUCAGUUGGCCGCGAUGACACAGCAACAGCUUCAUCAACCUCAACAACAGCAACAACAUCACCAUCAGGCGACCACCCUGACGCUGUCGCAGGAGCCGCUGCUUUACAACGUUCAGAAUUUCCAGCAAAUUCAGCCGCAACAGACGAUUCAAACAUUGGCGCUGAUGCCCGACGGCAAGACUUACGUCGUCGUCAAUUCGCAGCCGGCCCCUGCCCCUCAGCCGACGCAUCAGCAGAAUACCGGCGGCCAUUGGUUGUUGAGCCCACGUCCGGCAAACAUCGCGCCAGCGGCUCAGCCCGUCAACGUGUUUUGCACGACACAAACAGGACCGGGAGGAGCCACGACGUUUGUGUUGAACGGGGCCAGCGCACCGACCCAUCAAGUCCUCCAACUUCAAGAUGGGACUCUGGUGCAGACAACAACGACCGAACAGCCCAAUCUGCUGGCCAAUUAUGGCGGGUUGUUCAUUCGCUGUCCGUCAACGCCGAAUGGAGCGCAAAUUUUCAGCACCACAAGUCCGGCAGCAACGGCCAACGUCAGGACGAUCCCUUUGCCAAUUCCUAUCGCACCGGGCCGGUCUCCUGGUCGGUCCCCGGAUUCCAGCAGCAUCCUACCAGAUGGUGCUAUGGUGACGUCAUCAUCGGCGACCAACACGGGCAAUGCGUCACUGGUGGCCUGCGGCGAAGCCACUCCGCCUUCUCAGACCCCUUCGUUGUCUGCCUCUUCAUCGUCUUCGUCGCUGGCCGUCCGGACGGCUCAUCCAUCGCCAGUCGUCCAAAGUAGUCAAAUCGAUAGCUGCGUCCAGGAAGUGGAAACGGAUCAACAACACGGCCAGGUGGCGGCGGAAGCUGCUAAAUCCAAAUCGGUGGCGAUCGAGUUCAACAACAACAACAGUACGACGGCGACGCUAACGGCAACGGCCGUCCAGCACUGGCAAAAACCGGACAUGAUCACCAAUGCAUCACAAAUUGUUGCUGGAUGAAAUCAAAAGAAAAGGUGUUGUUUUUUUUUUUUGUUGUAUCAUUUUUAUUUGUUGUUCAUCACGGAAAUUAAUUCAAAACUAUCUCCAAUUAUCACACGACAGUUUGGCAUAACACAAAUAUUUGUUUAGGGUUGUGCUUUUUAUUUUUUAUUUACUUCGUUUUAUAUAUAUAUAUAUAUAUAUACAUAUAUAUAUAUACCUAGCUUGUCAACUUGAUCGUUGUCGUCGUUGAUGGCAUUGAUUUUGAAUAGAUUUCUAAAGUGAUGUAAACUGACAUCAUUCAAAUGAUUCCUCGUUUCCGUUGUGGAAGCUGAAUGGUGGAACAUUUGACUGAGGCCCUCGAGGAAAUUUGAAUAUUGCUGGUAAAAAAAAAAAAAAAGCAAAACAAACUCAUUGAAGCACACCAUCACUAUUACCCAACAUUAAAGAAAUAUAUAUUCAUAUACAUAUACAGUAAUAUUAUAUACAUAGCCUACCAUAUACCUUGUACAUAUAAGGCCAUAUUUUUGUUGGGUUUUAUUUUACCCCCCUUUUCUUUCCUUGAUCUUUCAUUCUUUUAUCUUUCCCGGUGCGUUGAUUGGAUAAAUCUAAACAAAAAAAAAAAACAUAAGUAAAAAAAAUUUAAAAAAAAAAAGAAAGGAGUAAAAAAAAAAAAAAGACUAUCGUAAAUAUAUGUGUAUAAUAAAUACAGAAUACCAGUACCUUGAAACAUUUUUAGCUUUGUUAUAUCUCGGUCAUGAGCCAAUCAACAGCUUCUUCUUGCUCUUUCUACUCUUCAGCUCCCCUCCUACCAGUUGCAUUUACAUACCUAUAGCUUUGAUAUAACUACGUAUGUAUACUGUAUCAUAGGAAGAAGAACAUCACACGGUACACACACACCCAUACCCAAUCGCUUGUUGAAUUUUGUUCUUGGUUAAUAUCUCGGGGAUACGCUUUUUGUUUCCCAUCUCGUCCGUGUGUGUGUAUAUUAUAUAUAUACAUACUAUUAUAUACUAAAAUUUGUAUUAUGAAUUGUUUGAUGGCUAGUUUAAUGUUUGCAUAUGAAACAGGCAAAUGCAAAAGGACGAAAUCGGCAUAAACUAAUGAGGAUAGUUUCCUUUUUUUUCAAUAACUGCUAAGAAGAAGAAUUCAAUCUUCUUUUGUUUUCAUUUUGGCUUUUGAUGUUUGCCAUGUUGUUGUUUUUUUUAAUCAUUAAUAAGUACCAGUACGUGUGUCUGUGUGUGUAAUCUCCAUUUUGUGUUUCCGUGAGUUUAUAAGAAAAAACAAAACAAAUUGUGAAACCUGUUUCUGGUUUUACAACCCAAAAAAAAAAAAUCAUAAAAUCAUCAACUGAAUGUGGGCUAGCUUUUAAAAUAAGAAAAUUUAAAAACGAGAAAACUUUACAAACUGAUAUACCAAACCGUUUGUAUUGCCCCUCCUGUCGUUGUUUUCUUUUUCAAAAAUUCUGAGUAUAAAAAACGGGAAAAAAAGCAACAAAAACCGGUUCUCUCAUCACACAUAGACACACAAAUAUACAUACACUAUGGAUAUGUAACGUUUUUUUUUUUUUUCUUACGUGUUUUUCCUCAAAUCUCGGAAAACAAACUGACGUUUUUUGUGGAUGAUUUUUAUUGUUCUCUCAGUUUAACCCUCUCCUCCUUUAAUAUAUAUAUACAUAGAUAUGUCGUUUCUUUGCCUUUUUUUUUUUUUACUUUAUUUACCGGGGUGAUGAUAUGUUGUCUGGUUGAUAUACCAAAUACAAAAAAAAAAAGUU